AUGGCAGCUCCAAUUUUCCAUUCGUAUUUUUUCCCGGACGAUCUGUCUAGCCUUCAGCCUGUUUCAGGCAAUCUCACUGUCUUACAGAAGCCUUUCUGUUUUACAGGAUAUCUGGCAAUUGGGCCUCAACCAGUCCUCUAUGCGCUCUAUUGUUCACCUACGCGCCUUGAGGCUCUCAAGUCGCAUGUCAAAGUCAUAGCUUAUGUGUUGCCGAUCAAUCCUCACAAUUCCCUAUGGGAACCGUGCAUGGAGGUACCUAUAUUCGCCAAGAAUCUUUAUUUGCCCAAUGACCCGCCCAUGAACCUGGACUUGAAUGCCCUUUGGUCAGGGCCGAGCGACGAUGGUACCCUUCUACACGUCUAUACACAGCCUUUGUUGGGCAAUGAGCACAACACUGUUAUCAUUGAAGCUCUAUUUCCAUUUGGACACCAACCCCACAAGUUCGAUAGUGAUGCUCUCACACAAAUGUUGAACCUGCUGGAGUUGUAUCACACAGGUUCAGUUGUCCCAGAUUCUUCUAGGGCCUCAUCAAUUGUUCCAGACUCUUCCGUGGCCUCAUCAGUUGUGCCAAAGUCUUCCAUGCUCUCACCUAUCACAUGCAGUCAUGAUGAUACCCAACCAGAGGACACACACACCCAUGCUGACACGAACAGCUUGCGUGAUAUCCAGCUCAGGUAUCCCCAAUGGAAAACUGUUCUGGUUCAUGUGUGGAUUCUCAUGAGAGUCACUUUAUCGUGCAGGGAUCUGGCUGAAGUUGGAGAAACUCGCACAACCCUGUGCUCCGUGAGGUCAGCUGAUGAUGAGUCCGAAGUGACAGAAGAAGCUAUAUUGGUGAUGGCCGGUAAAUGGGUGUCAAUAUUGAUUUCUGAGAUCAAACAAUUAGCAAAAAUCGCAAUCUCAGAUCCUCGACUGUCCCUGGGCUUUGCCCUCGCAGAACUGUGCCCCUGGCCACUACUCAUUGAGAGAUGUGUGACCCUGCUGCAACACUUCCUGUAUCCAGAUUCGAGUCAUUUGCCAAUUGCGGAUAAUGGCUUUGUAUGGUUUAUCAGAAAGGAGAUCUCGAAAUCCCUCGUUUUUCAUCUUGUAUUCUGGCGUAGCGUAUCAGCUCAAACAUCAGUAAUAAUGGCUGAUUUUGCGCCGGAUAUCUUCAGGAAUGUUCCACACCCGCCCGCAGAGAUGUUAGCAUUUGUGGGGGCCUGUUGUUAUAGUGCCAUCAUCCAAUGGUUGAUGGAUAUCUUGAAGAAGAUGUUAGAAGAGGGGGAGUCCCCAGCUAUCAACCUAUCACUAUAUCCGCCAGUCAGCGAGAUAUAUGAUGAACUCCUUCGGGUGGUUGUUCUCCUAUUGGCACAGAGAGACGACCCAGAACACCCGGCAUUUACCGCUACAAUCGCACAGCCACUGCUAAGCAAAGCCAUUGAUCAGCUUGCAGACCGCUAUCCCAUAGCCACUGCCAAACCUUCUUGUAUCAUGUUAAAUAGUAGUUCAUUGUGUCCUCCUACCUUCAUCACUCCUUCGACAAAGCACAUUCUUGAGAUCGAACAGACCGAGAAUGCCCUCAAGUCUUGGCUCCAGAAACAGGGAUGCGAAAUUCUUCCAGAUUCCCUCUUUGUCACGGUUUCCAUGCUAUUUGCAUGGGUCGACCCCCUUGACCUCAUAGCUGUCCUACAAGUGAGCCUCAGAGUGGUUGCAAUGGAACAGCUCUUCCAGCAAGAAGAGCUCACUUGCAUUUCAUUCCUUCUGCAAGGAGGGCGAUGCUACAUGGAGGAGAGGAUGUAUCGUGCUCAGAUGGAAGUCACUUUAUUUAAUAAAGCUAUUGCGAACUUGUGCAAAGAGUUUAAUGUGAAAUGUCGCCCAUCUCCAGCACCCCUGCCAAAGCUUUUGGCUUCCAACUACUGCGCAUCUCAAAUGCCAGCAAUAGCUUUCCACCUUUACGAAAAUCUCUUAAGGCCCAAUGAUCACUUCCUUUCACUUCCUUUCUCGAUGAAGUCUUGGGUUGAUAGCAUCACAUAUUGUGCCUACAUCAGCACAUCAUCUGCCGACUGUGCUGACUCCAAGCUCCUAGGCAAUGGCAUUAACGAUAACUUUAAAGCAAAGAAUGAGAAAACCCCAGAUGUUCUGAAAUCUGAUUUCCACAUUUUAGAGUUGAAGAAACAUCGCGCACAAGCCAAAGUGGAGAUGUUUUCUGAAGCGAUAUCACGCACUAUGGGGAUCCGGUUCACUGAGGAUGGCACGUGCUCAUCUCAUGGCUCUGACAGGACAUAUGAAUCAUGUCUACCUGACAACUCUUUUGAGGAUUGGUUUGAUGGUUUUUCAACGGCAUCUGGAUCCUCCAAUGCCUCUGCGCUCUAUUGA